AUGACCGACUACCUUCUGACCCUAUUUUGUCGCGUUGAUGGAGAGGCUACCGAGUUCCCUAUCGAUAUUUGGUCGUCCAAGACAAUCGGUCACCUCAAGCAGCAAAUCUGGACCGAGAAUCCUCACACGUUCAUCGGAGUUGAUGCUAAGGAUCUUACCCUCUGGCAUGUUGUCAUCCCCGCCGGCAAUCUGCACUCUACCAUCACAUCUGAUGCUCUUGACGACGACAACAAGACUGAGUUAGACAAUCCGAGGAAACGCCUCAACGAACUGUUUCCCGAGAGUCCCGAUGAUAACACGUACAUCUUUGUCCGGCGCCCUCCUCGAGUCCAAGCACCCGAAUCUCAUCCUGGUCCACCGCUGUCAGGAGAGGAAUGGCAACAACUUGUAGUACAGAUCGAGGACACCCUCUUCGCACCUGAUUCGGCCAAUUACACAGGCCUCGUCCAGUUCGUUAAAGGUGGUGCGAACAUUCCGACAACAGAAGGAACACUGGGCGGUCUACCCUUUGUUCGUCCCCGUGCAGGCGGAGAAACGAACCUGCCCAGUCUCUUGUUUCUAAACCUACCAGAAUCAGUCGAGACACAGCGCCCUCCCAGUACUGCCGAUAGAGCGCUCGAAAAGAUUCGUGAGCGAGCGAUUCCCCUGUUACCACUCUUCGGUGUCUCUGGAUGUGGGAAAACGAGGACGACGAUCGAGAUGCUCACCAAGAACUGGGGUUUCUAUUUCAACAGAAGCAACACUGAUUGGGGCUCCCGUGAUCUCCUCAGCUUUCUUGAUUUGGUCCGACAAGAAAAGCGAUAUCAACGUCGUGAUUCAGAAAGCAACAUCCACGUUCACAUCCUUGCGCUGGCUCUUGUUCUUACACGUGUCAAAAUUUUGAACCUCUGUCUCGACAUUGCAGAGAGCGAAGAAACGACAUUUACGUGCAAACACUGGAUGCUGCUACAAGUUGCUUUCCGCACGAUGGGUGUCGAGGACCUGUUUACCUUGCUGUUCACAUUGUUUGCGAAAGAAAUCCACCGUCACGCCGUAGGCAUCACGACCAUGAGCGCCUUCGCUCAAGAACGAUUUUCCAGUCUUCGCCAACGCCUUCUGAACCUCACCUUCAACACGCCCACCGAGCGCUUUGGCUACAAGAUCCUUUUGGUGAUCGACGAGGCCCAAAAUCUCAGCGAAGAGGAAUUUGGAAUCUUCCCUUCUCAACGAACACCUUCGGAACCUGAGCGACGAGCCGGAGCUGACCUUCCUAACGUCUAUAAGCGACUGAUCCUCUCCCCCUUGGUUCACGGACUCAACCGGAUCUCUGCCGACGAGAACCAUUUUUGCGUAGUACCCUGUGGGACUGGUCUCAGUAUUUUCGAUAUGGAGUGGUUCGAAGACUCGGCUCCUGUCCCCAAAGGUUACCGAAAGCGGCUUGGGCCAUUCACCGAUUUCCAAGGCUGGGAAUCGCCCGAACAAGUCCAACACUACCGAGAUCUUGUGCGUCGUUCGCUACACAAUGACGAAGCCAGAAUCAUCUUCGACACUCAUGUGCCGGAAGAAUCAAUGCCAGAGCUCUUUGUACGCUUGCGUGGACGUUUUAGGCCCAUUGUAUCCGCUAUCGAGCGUUUGGUCAGCAAUGGCGAGAUCGAUUGGAGACUGGCGAUCAUGAAAACGGAGGAUACGUUGUCAUCGACGGGGUCCCAGUAUUACGGCAAAGGAAACAUCGCCUUCGACAUAUCGCGAAUGGUUCGCAGAGCGCCGCUGGUGGAAGCUUCUGUCGGGCGGAUCUUUAAUUUCGGCGAACAUACGGUGACGGUCCUCGAUGAACCCUUAGCACUGCGCGCUGCCGUGAACUAUUUCCGUCGAUAUGACCCGGAAUUUCACAGUGCGAUCUGUUCGUUGUUCGGUUCAGGACCAAAUGCAUCAGUGCAUGGACACCAAUGGGAAAUGGCAGUGUUGCCUAGCCUGGUACACGUUUUCCACGACAAAAUUCUGUCCAACACAGGUCUGGUUCCAAAGGAGGCGAAAUCGUACGAUCCCAUUCUGGAUUGCAAGGCUGAAAUUGCUGGAUACGUCGACCACCUCGCCCUUGGGAUCGAUUUUAAAGCUUUGUCUCUGGAUGAGUUUCUGGAUGCCCAUGUCCACCACGGUUCACGCAAGGACGGGAAGCGAGUUCCGCCGUUUUACCACCCAGCCGAGACGCCUUCAGGACCCGAUGUUGCAUUUGUUCUUCAUCUCGACAAGUAUGGCUACUGUCCCGUUUUCGUUCAAUUGAAGAUGCGACACAAGAUGACAAUGCCAGAAACCCUGAUUGCGUUCUCUACGGUCAAGGCUGACGCGGCCCAAGGUCAUCUUCAGGAGGCGAUGCUUCAGAGGUAUUGUACCGGUUUUCCUAAGCGGUUCCUUGGCGUUGUUAUUGCUUAUCCGGCCGAGCUUGCAGGCGUCGAGGGCACAUUUCCGGAGGUCAGACGAAGCGAGCGAAUCUGGUCCGCCCAAGGAGACACACCCCAGUGCAUUUCGCUGAGGAUUGACAAGAACAACAUACACGACCUCUUCCCCCAAAACCAUAUGCAGGCACUGGAUAAGCUUAAGGGAAUCAAGCGAGAGUUGGACCGGACUGACGGGGGCCAAGGCGGCGACGAUUAA